CAGGGACGCGGCAGGAAAAUGGACGAGUCUGAGGAAACAGCUCUGGUCGAAUCUGUAGGACAUGGAAACAUAGCCGCACCCCCAAAUGUUGACCCCACUAAUGACCAGGCAGAAGAAAAUCAGGAAAACCAGGCGGAUAAUGAUGCUGCUUAUUCAGCUAAUUCCACAACAUACCAUCAGGCUGACGACCCAGGAUCAACUCAACAGACCGGCCACGAAAUGGUACCCAAUCAAGAUGAUAUUGAUGAGUAUGGACAGAUUGAACACCAGGUGUCUGGCCUGGCUAAUAGAAAGACUUCUCAACAGGCGGAACGAAAAUUGUCUAAACAGGCUGAGAGAAGAACCUCUGAACAGACUGAUCACAGGAUGUCCAUGUCUUCUGACGGAAGGCCUUAUGAGCAGACUGAGCGCAGGAUGUCCAAGUUGGCUGACCCAAGUCCUUCUGGGCAGACUGACCACAGGAUGUCAGUGUCAUCUGACCGAAGGGCCUCUGAACAGACUGACCGCAAGUUGUCCCACCAGACUGAGAGAAGAUUCUCAGAGCAGACUGACCGCAGACUGUCCAGCCAAGCUGGGAGAAGAACCUCGGAGCAGACUGACCGCAGGCUGUCCAGCCAAGCUGGGAGAAGAACCUCUGAACAGGAAGAACGCAGGUCAUCCAGCCAGACUGAGAGAAGAGCCUCUGAAGAAGCUGAGCACAGGUUGUCCAGCCAGGUGGAGACAAAGUUCUCUGAACAGUCUGAGCAUAGAUUGUCCAUCGUAGCAGAGAGAAGAACUUCUGAACAUGAUGAAACCAGAUCUUUCAUGCAAUCUGACCAAAGAAACUUUGAACAAAUUGACAGCAGUUCACCUGACCAGGCUGAAAGAACUUUUGAGCAUUCUGAGCACAAAUUUUCUAACCUGAAUGACCAAGAAAUAUCUGAACAAACUGAUGAAAAUUUGUUGACUCCAUUACAGAGAACUUCUGAGCACAUUGACCAGGCAAUAUCUGACCAAGAUGAUCACAAACCAUCUCACCACCAGGUGAAUGAUGGAGCCACUGAACUUGAUGAGCAACAGGCUACUGACCAAGCUGACAGCUACACUGAUCUUACUGUUGACAAGGUUGACUACACGGAAUUUGACCAGGUUGACUAUUUAAUGGACAAGCAGUCUGGUGACCAAGAAGACUAUCUAUCUUCCCCUAGAUCGUUUGGCCAAUAUGAUGACAAAGUAUUGCCCCAGUUCAGUGAUGGCAAGCAUUACACCGACACUGAGGACAGAAUACAACCCUGCAUAUUUGAGGAUAGCCAAACAAAACUCCAUUCCAAUACUUCCGAUGAAACAGAAACUGAAAGCACCGUCCAAGCUCAAGACUUAACAGAUAUCAUGUUUACCAGUAAUUUCCCAGCAAAAGAUGAAGACUUUGACCAAACAUACCCCUCUGCCUCAUCCAAAUAUGAUGAUAGCACCAGCCAAGAAAACGUUCAAUCCAUAGACAUCAAUGCUGAUGAUUUUUAUGCAAAACAAACUCCCAAGAGGAAAUUUCCUCCUAUAGCAUAUGAAGAUCCUUAUGAAGUUUCACUCCAAUACAUGGAGAAACAUCACAUUCUACAAAUAUUCCAGAAAAUCACUGAAAACUUAGUCUAUGAGAAACCAGAAGACCCUUUGAAUUUCAUGCUGUGCCAGGUACAGGAAAUGAUGAAAAACAGAGGCAAAAUAUGAAACUACAAAGAAUGAAUCUCUUUUCAAUGUGGUCUACAACCAUAAGUGUCAACAAUAUGCUGUGUUUCCCAUUCUGUAAAAUGGUUUCUGAAUAA